AUGAUAGAUGCAAAACUCGAGGCAAAUUCACAACAUAAUAUUUACAAUAUUAAUCGCGUGAUAAUGGAAAGAGCAAUUAAAAAGACUGAAAAAUUAAUUGAUACUGCUGAAGAUGAUCAAGAAAAAAAUGAAUUAGAAGAGAAUUAA